GCGGAGGGGGAGGACAGUCUGAAGAAGAUGCAGCUAAUGGAGUUAGCCAUCCUGAACGGGACGUACAGAGACGCUAACAUCAAACCCUCCUCCCUCGCUUUCUCUCUCGCAGCCUCCUCUCAGACGUCUCGUUUCCUCUCAGGCCCGGCCCCUGUUGUUCCCCCGCCCACCGCUCUGCGUACACCUGCCCCCACAGGUCCCACCCUCAUGCCUCUGAUUCGUCAGAUCCAGACGGUGCUGCCCAAUGGGACGCCUCACCCAGCGGCUCUUAUGCAGGGGACGGGGCCGGAGUCUGGUCUGAUCUACGCUACACCGUACGACUACCCGUACACUCUGGCGGCGCCGGCCUCCAUCUUGGAGUACCCUUUGGACUCUGGUGGGGUGUUAGGUAAGCCUGCCCCCCCCUGCUCCUGUGAUUGCUCCCCCACGCCUCAUCACCACCCCCAUGGUCAGUGGAGCCCUGCCCCCACGCUGCUCCUAAGACACACCUCCUAAAAGAUGCAGCGCUGCCCCCUGCUGGACAGAGUCCGAAACACUAAAGGUGGAAAGUGAUGAUUUCAUUCAAAUUCACUUUAACCAACAAAAAGAGUUUAUUGUUGACCCGCUCUCAAGUGUUCCUCAAUCUGUCCACAGUAGGAUGUCUUUAAUACAACCUCUGCUGUCCGGUGAUGUGUUGGCUGUGAGCGAGGCGUUCAGGUACAACUGUUCACUUUAACUUUGAUUCGCUGAAGAUGUUUAUACUACUGUUGCCGUCCCUCACAAAGAGAACCUCACAGACCUUAACAAAAACUGAUCUUCAUCACAGUCGCCGUGGCAACACAUGACCGCAGCUUUUUGCCGUGUCAUGUAACUGCAGCUUCCUUUACUGAAACAUGUGACGCCUUACUAAGACCUGAACUGCAGCCAACACGCCUCCAAUACGCCACCAACACGCGAUACCUAUGAAUAUUAGUUACUAAGAACUGGCCUCUAAUAUACCUCCAAUACGCCUCCAACACGCCACCAAUACGCCUCCAACAUGCCACCAACACGCACCAACACACCUCCAACACGCCUCCAAUAUAGUGUGAUACUAAUGGAGUGCUAAUGGUAAUGCUAACUGUGCUAAACAACAGACGAUCUGUAUUUUAAAGAUGUUUUUAGAACUGGAUGAAUUAUAAUGAAAAAUAAAACAAUAACAAGAAAUUAGAAACUAGUUAACAGAAAGUAAACAAACUCUUCUAACCAGAAGACCAAGAGGUGUAAAGCUGAAUUGAGGACCAUUUUUAAUUCUAUUCAAAAUCACGGAAGUCCUUGAUUUCAACCACUGGACUAACAGACGUCUGCUCGGUUGCAACCGUGAUCUCUAAAAUACUGCAUGUACUUGGGCCAAAGUCUGAACAUUUCAACAACAAUAUUAAUAUUGUUGAUAUACAGUUAGGAAAUUUCUGGAAUAAAAUCAUAGUAUUACGAAAAAAACAUACUUUGGCAAAAAAAAAUCUGA